CAUUUUGUCUUUUCCAGUGCAAACCACCCAGAGGGAAAGAUGGAUUGGAGCACGCUGCAAACUAUCUUGGGGGGUGUCAAUAAACACUCCACCAGCAUCGGGAAGAUCUGGCUCACAGUCCUCUUUAUUUUCCGCAUUAUGAUCCUCGUGGUGGCCGCGAAAGAGGUGUGGGGAGAUGAGCAAGCUGAUUUUAUCUGCAACACCCUCCAGCCUGGCUGCAAAAACGUGUGCUACGACCACUACUUCCCCAUCUCGCACAUCCGUCUGUGGGCACUGCAGCUAAUCUUCGUGUCCACGCCGGCCCUCCUGGUGGCCAUGCACGUGGCCUACCGAAGACACGAGAAAAAGAGGAAGUUCAUCAAGGGAGAGAUAAAGAGCGAGUACAAGGACAUAGAAGAGAUCAAAAGUCAGAAGGUCCGCAUCGAAGGGUCGCUCUGGUGGACCUACACAAGCAGCAUCUUCUUCCGGGUGAUCUUUGAAGCUGCCUUCAUGUACGUCUUUUAUGUCAUGUACGAUGGCUUCUCCAUGAAGCGGCUGGUGAAGUGUACCGCUUGGCCUUGCCCCAACACAGUGGACUGCUUUGUUUCCCGGCCCACAGAAAAGACUGUAUUCACGGUUUUCAUGAUUGCAGUGUCUGGAAUCUGUAUCCUGCUAAAUGUCACCGAAUUGUGUUAUUUGCUAAUUAGAUAUUGUUCUGGAAAGUCAAAGAAACCAGUUUAACACCUCACCCAGCUAUUAGCUAGAAGGUAAGAGACA